UUUUGAGUUUGUCAUCUUAUGAAGCCCUCAGAUCUUGCAGACCAAAUGCCUGAAAACACAAAGCGCAGCUGCAGCUGCAGCCGUGGUCCUUUUUUCUGCCGUUCCUUCUGUUUGACUCGAUCGCCAAGAUAGACUUGUCUCUAGUUCGACAGCCACGGACAUCACAGCGCCACGAGAGUUGUUGCCAAAUUGGAAAAUCGGUUGAAGCAGUACCGUCGGGAGAUCUCGCAACCUUCUUCGGUAGACCCACUGAGCCACUUGUCAGGCCUGGCUUAAUUGACAGGAUCGCUACCUUCCAGUGUCAUAAGUAGACCAGACGCUCGACAGUCUGUCCUGCCCGCUCAUAAUAAAUGAGUCUCACUUCGUUCUGUCUGUGCGCCAAUCAUAUAUUGAAACACUUGAAAGCUGCGCGGAGCAGGAAUAACCUACGAUUCUUGCCCGACGUCUCAAUCUAGGCCGUUGGACUGGGCUGAGAUUGAGGCUGAAGAGCUCAUGAUUGACGACGACGCUCAAACUGGAGCAUGAGCCCAAAUUGAUGGAUGUAUUACAAAAUACUAUUCUGGACUUAUAAUUUUGAGCCCUGCGAACAGCGCUCCGAGACUGGAAAAGUUAUCGACAGACUUUUUCGGCUCACACACUUUUCAUACUGAGCUGGUGAAAGCACCAAAACCUCACACGUCUCACUAUUGGAUUCAGAUCUCAUUAACUCCAGGCGCAUAAGACCCGAGCUCAAUCUGGUCCGUUCCGGUGGUCCAUCUGAACGUGAAGAAAAGAAGUUGUCGAUCACAGUCUAACUCAGCAAGUCCUCGUUACGGAGUGAAAACGAGACCUGUGAGGCACUCCGGACUGCCGCAGAUCUGCAGAGGACGUGCCUGCGAGAUGUAAAAUCGAGCUUGGGUGCUGCUCUGAGUUUUGGCCUCCAAAAUUUACAUCGGAAUCUAAAAUCUUCGCAAUGGCUCGAGUGGAGUCUCUCGUCUCACCAGACGUGGAAUCGAGACUGAGAGAAGAGAAGGAAAUGAGUAUGAUGGAGAGAUACGGAGCGAUCGACCUCCGGGGGCGCCCGGUGGACAAGUCCCGAACUGGAACUUGGAAAGCUGCGUUUCAAAUCUACGCCUUGAACGCGGGAGAGUUUCAGGCGAUGAUUUCGACCGUCGUCAAUCUUAUACCUCUGCUGGUCGGAGUCAUGCACAUGCCCAUCAAUGAAGCAGCGCAGACGGGGAAUAAUUUUGCCGGAACGUGCUUGCUUCUCACCGUCGUCGGAGCUUUCAUCGCUGACAGCUACUUAGGAGUGUACUGGACGAUCACUGCAGGCAGCGUCAUUCUGUCUGCGGGAAUGGGGCUCUUGACAUUCACCGUCUCAUAUUCAGAUUUGAGGCCGAAGACUUGCAUUCCAAUUCCACCCACCGUCUGCGAACAAGCUGGAACCAAGUAUAUGGCACCACUGUACGUGGCUCUGUACACGAUUGCUGUGGGGAUCGGAGCAGUGAGAGCGAAUCUCGUAUCGUUCGGUGCUGAUCAAUUCGAUGACACGUCGAAGAAGGAAAAGAAGCAGAGUGUGCACUUCUACGUAUGGUUCUACUUCGCUACCAACAUUGGAUUGCUUCUGGCCUUCACCAUAUCAGUGUACCUUCAGGAGCACGUGAGCAGGGGAUGGGGUUUUGGGUUCAACCUUAUGUUUCUUGUUCUCUGCAUCAGCAUCUUCGUGAUCGGAACUCCCAAGUUCAGGCACAAGGCUCCAGCUGGAAGCUUCGUCACUCGCGUCUUCCAAGUGCUGGUUGCCUCUUUCCGGAAGCGAAAUGCCGUCGUUCCCUCAGAGGACAAGCAACUUUACAAUGCUCCACUUCUUGGAAGUAGAAAGCUGGAGCAUACACCCAAAUUGAGAUGGCUUGACAGAGCUGCAAUCAUCGAGAAAGAUGCUUCAGGACCAGACACGCACAGCCCCUGGCGCCUAUGCAGCAUAUCGCAGGUGGAAGAAACCAAGCGAAUUAUUCAUUUGAUUCCCGUCUGGGCGACGACGGCCGCCGUGUCUCUGGUGUUUUCACAGCUCCAGACGUACACGAUCUCACAGGGCCUUACUUUCGAUCGAAAGCUGACCCCGCAUUUCGAAAUUCCAGCUCCAUCUCUCACCACUGCCAUCGUUUUGUUUGCCAUGAUUACAGUCCCAAUAUACGACAAGCUUUUGGUCCCCUUGGCCCGCAGGUAUACCAAGCAUCCAUACGGUUUAAGUACACUCCAGCGGCUGGGAAUGUCAAUUGUGCUGGCCAUGCUAACCAUGAUCGUCUCGGCCCUCGUGGAGAGGAAGAGACUGACUUACGUCAGGGAUCUGGGAUUGGAAAACAUGCCACUCGGAUCUUUCGUUCUGCCCAUGAAGAUGUGGUGGCUGCUGCCUCAGUUUUUCCUCGCUGCUCAAUUGGAACUGUUUCUGUUCGUUGCCUCGUACGAAUUUUACUACUACGAAGCUUCGGACCACACCAGAAGUAUCAGCAGUUCCUUCACCUACUCCGCUUCGGCUAUGGGUUACUAUCUCACCACUGUACUUUCGGAUAUUGUCAACGCGGUCACCAAGGGAGAGUCGAAAGGAGCAUGGCUCAAAGGACAGUUGAACAAUGGAGGCCUGGAAAAAUUUUACUGGUUCUUGGCAGUGGUCCUAGCCGUGGACUUCUUGCUCUUCUUAGGUGUUGCCUACUGGUACGAGUACAAGUUCGAUUGGUAUCACCUGAAAUCGACCGAGGACGCACAGCCCGGGGACAACGAUGGAAGUGAAUCUGACGACGUUUUCUCCAUCGCUUCUUCUCAAUUGGCCGGACCCAGAGCCUUCUCUCACAAGGAGCUAGAGAAUGGAACUGCGAAGAAGUCUCAUGAACGCUGAGGAGAAGUUCUUUGUACAAAAUUGGGCUCCAUGUUAAAAGGGUCAUUCUUACGGACUUAGAACUGUAGUCCAUUCUCGCGGCCAUUAGGUGCCCAAGUUCACUCAUAGUGUUAGUACUGUAUACACGAAAUUUGAAAGGAGCAGGGCGAUCUAAAUGUGUAUCUUACGCCCAUAGGCUCAGGUGUAUCUGUAACAUAUUUUAAAAUCCCAAGUACACGUAUUAAAAUGUAGAGUUUCUAGUUUAUAAAGAUUGUGCUUUCGGGAUGACCAGUUACCCUUUACUGACUCAUUGAAGCUUGAUAGUCGGAUAUUCUACGAGAUUCCAUCCUACAAUGUAACCUUCCUUUGUCAAGUUAUAGCAACUUCUUAUCUCCAGUUUCUG